AUGUUCUUCGGACUCCAUGGAUUUGACCAGAAGAUAAUCCAAGAGUAUGGAAGCCUUGUUGGUCUCUUUCUUGGGCACAUUCCUUCUCUCCUGAUAGCAGAUCCCGAAAUCAUAAAGAAAAUUACAACAAAAGACUUUUCAAAGGCUCCAAACAGAUUGAAUGUCGUUCGAAACAAUAAUGAGUUACAACAUGGCUUGACUGUUGUUGAAGAUGACCACUGGAGAUUCAUGAGAAACACUCUGUUACCAACAUUUUCAAGUGGUAAAAUGAGAAAGAUGGAUCCCAUUCUAAGAAAGAAAUAUCAGUUGUUGCUCGAAAGUUUGAAAAAGGAGGCAGACGAAGGAAAACCCAUAGAAUUUAAAGGAAUGUUUGGUAGAUACACAAUGGAUGUUAUAGCCGCGCUCGGAUUCGGAAUGGACAUAGACUCACAGACGAACCCAGAUGAUACAUUUGUGAAAUAUGCCAAAGAACUGUUCGACAACAAGUUCUCCUUUCGCUUAUUCCUGAUUUUUGUUUUGCCAAUUCUUGACCGUAUAUUAAACUACUUUGAGUUAUCACCUUUAAAUAAUCGAAGAGUCAUGAACUUUUUUAAAUCGGCUGUACACCAGGCAGUUAAAAUGCGAGACGAAGGAGAUCAGAAUAGAACAGAUCUGCUACAGUUGAUGUUGAAUGCCCACAAAGACACCGAAAAGAAUGAAAUAGAGAGUGAACAAAACUACGAAGAAGACCCAAAUAAAUGGAAAAAGCGAGGUUUGACUGAAGAUGAGGUGACCGGGAAUGCUAUCCUAUUUAUACUUGCUGGGUUUGAAACAACGGCGAGCAGCAUGACCUUUAUGGCAUAUUGUCUGGCAACAAACCCAGAUUGCCAAGAAAAACUCAUUGACGAAAUCGAUUCAAUUCUAGGAAAGGAGUUCCCAACUUACGACAAUGUUCAGAAGAUUGACUACAUGGACUGGGUUUUCAAUGAGACUCUAAGACUCUAUCCUCCAGCUACAAGAACCAAUCGGGUGAGCAAAGUUGAGAUGGAUAUAGGUGGGUAUAAGAUUCCCAAGGGCGUUGAUCUGUCAUUUCCUAUUUAUGCACUACAAAGAGACCCUAAAUACUGGCCAGAACCUGAAAAAUUUGAUCCAGAAAGGUUUUCUCCGGAAAACAAGGCUGGGCGUCACCCGUAUGCUUUCCUUCCAUUUGGUCAUGGACCUAGAAACUGUAUAGGACAGCGUUUAGCAGCCAUGGAGGCUAAAUGUGCCAUUGUGUACAUACUUCAACAUUACCGCUUCGUUACAUGUAGUGAAACUGAGAUUCCCUUGCAGCUAAGUAUUUCUUCUGGCUUAUUAAAACCUACGAAUGGGAUAAAGUUAAAAUUGGAAGAGAGAACAAAGGACUCUUACAUCAAAACAUAUGACUUUUCACUACUUGAUACACUGUACUACAAUUCCCCACGCUUUUUAAAUAAAAAUGGAACGCAACGGAAAUCACUCAGUGUGAGUUACACCAUGGACGUGUUGGGUGUUGUGGAAAUCAAUGGGUGGAUUUUACUGAUUGUCUUUGCUCUGGUUGCUGUUUACAUACAUGUGAAAUGGAAGUUUGGAUUAUGGCGUCGUCUUGGAGUUCCAGGUCCUGAAUAUUUUCCUUAUAUUGGGACGCUUAGAGAGUUAAAGAAUAUUGGCGUCCACGGAUUUGAUAUGAAGCAGAUCCAAAAUUAUGGAAAAGUUGUAGGCACUUUUCUGGGUGGAGUCCCUUCACUCUUGAUAGCAGACCCUGAUAUUAUUAAAAAUAUUUCAGUUAAAGAUUUCUCUUACGCUCCCAACAGAGCUAAUAGUUUUCAAGUCAGGAGUGAAUUGCGACAUGGUUUGACUGUUGUUGAAGAUGACCACUGGAGAUUUAUGAGAAAUACUCUUUUACCUACAUUUUCAAGUGGUAAAAUGAGAAAGAUGGAUCCUCUUUUAAGAAAGAAGUAUCAGUUGCUACUCGACGGUUUGAAAAAGGAAACUGAUGAAGGAAAAACCAUAGAGUUUAAAGAAAUGUUUGGUAGAUACACUAUGGACGUCAUAGCCUCGCUCGGAUUCGGAAUGGACAUAGACUCGCAGACAAACCCAGAUAAUACUUUUGUGAAAUAUGCCAAAGAACUUUUUGCGCCAAGAAUCAAUUUUAUUAUUUUCCUCAUUGUUAUUUUCCCACCACUUGAUAGGAUUUUAAACUAUUUUAAUGUAUCUCCAACAAAUAAUCGAAGAGUCAUGACCUUUUUCAAAUCGGCGGUCCACCAGGCCAUUGAAAUGCGAGACGAAGGAGAUAAGAAUAGAAAAGAUUUGCUGCAGAUGAUGCUAAACGCUCACAAGGACACAGAAAAGAAUGAGAUCGAGGACGUACACAGUUAUGAAGGAGACCCCAACAAAUGGAAAAAACGAGGUUUGACUGAGGAUGAAGUGACAGGCAAUGCAAUCCUCUUCCUUCUCGCGGGAUUCGAUACAACGGCGAGCACCAUGACCUUUUUGGUAUAUUGUCUGGCAACGAACCCAGAUUGUCAGGAAAAACUUAUAAACGAAAUUGAUUCAACUUUAGGGAACGACCUCCCUACAUAUGACAAUGUACAAAAGUUGGAGUACAUGGACUGGGUAUUCAAUGAGACUCUGAGGUUAUACCCACCUGCUGUAAGAACGAAUCGAAAGAGUAAAGUACCGAUGGAAAUAGGUGGUUACAAGAUUCCGAAAGACAUGGAUCUGUCAUUUGCCAUUUUUGCAGUACAAAGAGACCCUGAAUACUGGCCUGAUCCGGAGAAAUUUGAUCCUGAAAGGUUUUCUCCGGAAAAUAAGGCUGGGCGUCACCCGUACGCCUUCCUUCCAUUUGGUCAUGGACCUAGAAACUGUAUAGGACAGCGUUUAGCAGCCAUGGAGGCUAAAUGUGCCAUUGUGUACAUACUUCAACAUUACCGCUUCGUUACAUGUAGUGAAACAGAGGUAUAACAUAUAAACCACAUU